AUGCGGGUUGGCUAUGUGUGUGUGGUGGCCACAAGCAUCAUCCUUGCCACAAACAAUGCAGUCUCAGAUGCCGAAAGCCACACGAAACUCUCGACGACAACUGAUUAUUCCGAGACUAACAAGCGAUUCCUAAUUAGUUACGACAUGGACGAUUUGAACAAGGACGAGGAGAGAAUGUCCAACUUUAACAAUGCCAGGAUAAUCACUCCUCAAAAAGUCGACGACCUCGUGAUGAAGGAGACGAUUGAGCUCGCCCCAAAGAAUAUUGACUGGAUCCUCCAAAGAGCAGACGGGAGAAUCGACGGGUGGCUUGACGAAGCGACAAAUGAGCCCAACCCAAUUGGAAACAUAGGCCAGAUGCGGGCGAAUUUCGAGGCUUGA